ACAACUGAUUUUGAGGUUCCCACCAAAGGAUGUGACUUUCUGCCUUCUGGGCCAGACAGCUGUCAGAGCUUGUUCAGUGUUAACGUUCAGAGUUUCAGCACCUUAGGUACAAGCGCACAGUCACCAAAGGGGAAGUACAGUAGAUCUACAAGCAGAAGAAGCCCUUCAUCUGAGAGCACCCAGGGCUUUUCCUUUGAGUCCCUGUUUGGCAACUUUGAGAAGAGACUGAACGAAGACACAUAUGAGAGCGACGAGGACACCGCACCCACAUCCAUAUUUAGCCUGUUCAACAUUUCGCAGAGCUCUGGCGGCGGGGCUAAUGAAGAUCCUAAAGAAACCGGAUCAUUCUUUACCUUCGGCAAGUUCACAGACAACACUGGAUCCCCAUCUCCCGAAGGACCAGUCAAUCUGUUGAACCUCUUUACUAAAAGCCAGACCUCGGAUGGGUCCAACCAUGAUUUUGCAGUUAACUUUCAAGAGGAAGAGAAAGAGAAUGAGACGACCACAUUUAAACUUGGGGUUUCUAUUGAUGAGAGGAGUCAGAGUGAUGGAGAACCAGAGAAGCCACUGUUUAAUUUGUUUUAA